AUGCUGGAACCGCCGCCGCCGCCGCUCGCGCCGCCGCCCCUCCCUCGGCCUCACGCGCGGCCGGCGCUCUCCCCCCACCCGACCCUCCCCCCGCGCUGCGAUCCGGAUGGUUCUUUAACCAGCCAUAGCAGACGGAGCGAGCAGCUGAUCCUCAGCUGCGGCCGCGCUUCCGCGAAGCGCGCGGCCCUUCCGCCGCCGGCGGCGGGGGCCAGGGAACGCGGGUGGCGGCGGCUCCUCCCCCGCCGUGGGCUGAGGGCCGGAAGAACUCGGGCGGCUGGCAUCGAGACGGCGGGCGGCGGCUCGGCUUUCCCGCCGCAGGUUCUCCCCGCGCGAGGACCGGGGUCGCUCUGGGCGGAGGCCGGGCUGCACCCCCUGAGCGGUGUACUCUGUGAAGUUGGAGGCGCGCGCAACGAUCAAAGUGGCCGCGGGGCUGCGGACUCGCCUUCCUCCCCCGGAGGCCGGCCGUCCAUCGCCUCGGCGAGUGUGCUCCCGGCUCUUUUUUUUCCGGUCCGGAAAAUGCAGCCCGAGGUGGGAAAGAGGUGGAGGGAGGACUGCGGGCAGAGGCUCCGGUUGUUUUCCCUCAGUUCGCCUCAUCCUUGGGCCGCCCGAGCCCUGUCCAGGGGAAAGGAACCAGGAGUUAGGACUGGACACUCGGGUAUACCAUCACGCACACCCAGGAUGUGCCCAUCCUACUCCACUGUGGGGACCUUUACAUUAGAGGAUGGUGUAGCUUGAGACUAUUUCCACUUCUUUGCUGAGGUGUGUGAGGCCAAGACAGAUUGAAGUCAGAGAGACCUGGGUUAGAGCUUCCUAAAAUGGCUCCAUCGUUCAUCAGCUGUGCAGUCUUCUGCAAAUUACAUAAUUUCUGUGCUUCUGUUUCUGUAUUUGUAAAAUGGAAUAAUACUGUAAAGUGGAGAUAAUAAUACCUCAUGGGACUGAUGUGAGGAUUAAAUAAAAUAAUGUUAACAUAACCAUGCCACCUCUCCUAAACACUCACAAAUUGAGCCUACUCCCCAAGCCCUUGCCCUCAGCCUUGGCCUACCCAUCUGUUUCACAAGGAUCACGGAGGCCAUCAGUUGAGAACUCCCUCCAUUUCAGGCCUCCUCAUGGAGGCCUCUUAUCACUCCUCUUA